GGUGUGACCGAGGACCAUGAGUCGUUUGUUGGCAUUUUUUUUGUGAAAGAUGAAAACAACAAGGAUGUAAAUCUGACGCAAGUGAUACUUGGUGAAAGACCAGCACCAAAAUUACCGCCACCGAGAGGAGGUUUUGCUCUUGGUGUGGAAGCAGUCGAUGAAUAA